AUGGAUGGGGAUGAGGAAUACUCUUCUAACGCGCGUGCAAAGACGCCAGAAACCAAGUCUCCUCGUCGGUCAAUAGCGAUUUCUUCAAUAGCUUCUACUAGGCCGUCAAAAAAUGAUAUCGUUGCGCGAGACCUGGGAUGCGGCGGAUUCAUGAGCAGCGGCAGCUGCAACCCCAACUUGGCGGACAUACUCGAGGCAGAACGAGAUAUGAUAGCGACUGAACGGCUCCGAGGGAAGCAACACUUUAACGACGGGUUUUCAUAUACAAGUUUCAGAGAGAGGGUAAAACACGACUCCGUAAUCAUCGUCGAAAUAAGAACAAACAAGAGGGUUGACGAUCCAUAUGAAAUUAUAUCCAAAUUAAUAUCGGAGUUCAAGACCUUAUUUGACAAUCAUCCCAUCACGGUCUCAAUUGAUGAUGAGGUGAAAAUCUCCAUGUCUGAGUUUACUGACGAGCCAGCCUAUAUUGUCACGGUGACGGCUCUUGCUGCAAUGCUGACACCUUUGUGCAACUUCCGCUUCACCACCAAUAUCCAGGAGGAAAUUCGUAAGGUAAUGGAUAUCUCCCCAGAUCAUGGGCUAGUCAGACUUUCGCCUAUGCCAGAAGAUUUCUUGGGGAUAGGUGGAACAACAUAUGGCCAAAAAAUCAAGGACCUGGAAAAUGCAUCAACAGGAAUCACUAGAGACAUAUCCCGGAAAGCGAGUACUUCGAAGAAAUCCUCAUCCGCUGCACGAUUCGUGAAGAAGAUUGCAUCUAAAUUCAAUUUUAACAGCCCAUCUAGCUGGCAGACAGACAAACAAGCAGAAAUGACGAUAGAUAUGGGCUCCAAUAGAAGCCAAAGUGAAAGGUAG